CCAGUUAUUCCCAAAAGCACCCCUCUAUUCUAUUGGCUGCAACUAUCAUCGUCGAGCUCUUCACUUCAUUAGAAAUUUGCAGCUCAAAGACUUUGUCUCCCCUGCCCCUUUUAGUCAAAUAUAUUACGAGUAGGUGUUGAUUUUCUGCCCAGGUCAUUUUCUUUACUUAAAUAUCUUCCUCUUAGUCUGCGUUUCCUUUGUGGCUAGAUGUAAAUAUGCAUCCUGUACCAUGUCAAAGGGCAACUAACAUCCACCAAGUUUGGAUUUUUGGCAUUAUUUUACUGUUGACCUUUAGACUAGUGCAGGAUAUAUGAUGACCCAUUGUUAUCUUCCCUAACUGUAUUUUCAAGGAGAGAAAUUCAGGUCAUGGCUUCCUCCAUAACGAGCUUGCGCUUCCACCUACUAUGCUGCCUUACAGCGGUCUGGCUUCUAAUUCCACCUUCACAUUCAGCUGACCCCGAUCCCUUACAGGACUUCUGUGUAGCAAACAUCAGUGCCUCUAUAUCUGUUAAUGGUUUCCCUUGCAAACCAGCAUCCGAAGUAACUUUGGAGGACUUUUUCUUUGAUGGUUUUACCAAGGAAGGUAACACAAGCAACAUCUUCGCAUCCUCCCUCACACCGGCAAAUGUCCUUACGUUCCCGGGGCUAAAUACUCUUGGAAUUGCGAUGAAUCGGGUGGACUUUGCCCCUGGUGGAAUCAACCCUCCCCAUUGGCAUCUUCGUGCAAGCGAGACUGGUGUGGUCAUUGAAGGGAAGCUCCUUGUAGGUUUUGUGACAACUAACAAUGUAUUUUACUCUAAAGUGUUGAGUGCAGGGCAGAUGUUUGUGAUCCCUCGGGGACUUGUGCACUUCCAACUUAAUGUUGGAGAAGGAAAGGCACUAGCUUUCACGGCUUUCAACAGCCACCUGCCUGGUGCUGCGGUCGUGCCCUUUAAUCUCUUCGCUUCUUCAAUUCCAAACGAAGUGUUAACCAAGACCUUCCAAGUGGAUACGGAUCUUAUCAAUACUAUACGAUCCAAGUUUGGGUCGUAACUCAUAAGAAAUUUGUAGAUCCUGCCCUGCCACUUGACUGGCCUUGUAUUACGUCUCUCAUUAUGUUCUGUUUUCUGUGUUUUUGUUUUUUCAUAUUUGAUUAUUGUACGGUAAGUAGAAUUCAACUGAAACCUGUUAUUUACACUAUUGAUGUUUAGUUGCAAUACCAUGGAAAUCCCUCCUUGAGGGUUCAGGUCA